GGGGGAUACCAAGGGGAGAAAAAACACCAUAUAUGUGUAAAAAAAUAUCAUAGAAAGAGAUGGGGGAAGUACAUAUUGGAAUUGAAAAACUUGUUUAUAACCAACAUUAAACAGAAACUAAAAACUUAAGUUCUUCGUACUAUUUCCUAUUAUUUAAAGUUGACCAAUUUUUGAAUGACAUGACAUGGAAGUUGAAGUAAAAGCAACGUUUAAUCCCAAUAUUUAUUGGACAUCAUUAAUUUCUGGGGGUGUUGCAGGACUAUUCGUAGAUAUUGCACUCUUUCCAAUAGACACAAUCAAGACACGCCUUCAAAGUGAACGAGGUUUCAAGCGAUCUGGUGGAUUUACUGGUAUUUACAAAGGAAUUGGACCUGUCGCAGCUGGUUCAUCGCCCACUGCUGCACUCUUUUUUUGGGAACCAGUCACUGGUUUAUCAUCAACACCUUUCUCUGUAGCAUUGUGUGGUGCAAUUUCAGGAGGAAUAGCUGCAGGCAUUACAACGCCUUUAGAUGUUAUCAAAACUCGUAUCAUGCUAGCUGAUGCUGGUAGCAAAAAUACAUCUGUAAGAAAUGUCGCUAAAUCCAUUUAUCGUGAAAAAGGUGUCAAGGGAUUUUUUGCCGGCUUUGUUCCAAGAGUUUUGUGGAUUACCAUAGGGAUUGAUGUGUUAGACUCACUUGAUUUAUUAUCUGAUACGGCGAAACAAAAUAUUAUCGACUGGAUUUACAGCCUACAAGUCAUUCCAAACAGUGAUGUUCAUUGUGGCGGUUUCCAGGGAGCAACGACAUUAAAUCUUUUGGAUUGUCCUGAAAAAUACUCAACUGAUGAUUACAAAUGGGGACAUCUAGCAAUGACUUAUACUUGCAUAGCGACUUUAAUAAUCUUAGGUGAUGAUCUUUCGAGAUUAAACAGGAAGUCGAUCAUUGAAGGUCGUAGCGUAGCAGCAGUACAAAGACCAAAUGGAAGUUUUAGUGCGUCCAUAGAGGGUAACGAGUACGAUAUGAGAUUUGUUUAUUGUGCCUGCUGUAUCUGUCAUAUGCUCAACGAUUGGGGUUGUGUAAACAAAUCAACAAUGGGUGCUUAUAUUAUCAACUCAAUUCGAUACGAUGGUGGCGUUAGUCAACACUUUGAAAUGGAGUCUCAUGGUGGGACUACUUUUUGUGCCCUUGCCGCUCUUCAAUUAAGCGAUCAAUUAGAAUUAUUGUCAUCUACACAACGAGAAAAGAUCAAACGGUGGCUGUUAUUCCGUCAAGAUGGAGGAUUUCAAGGAAGACCAAACAAACCAAUUGACUCAUGUUAUUCAUUUUGGAUUGGAGCAGCGUUGAAAAUAGUUGGAGCUUUUGAGUUGAGUAAUUUUAAAGAGAACAAGGAUUAUAUUUUGUCAUGUCAAGAUUCUGUGGUUGGCGGGUUUUCAAAAUGGCCUGGAAUAUCGUCUGAUCCUUUUCACACGUACUUUGGACUUUGUGGACUUAGUUUUCUACGCGAGCCUGGACUACUGGAAGUAAUGCCAAGUCUGAACAUAUCAAUGCGUGCUUAUGAAAGACUGCAACAACUCUGGAACUCACAGUCAAACAAUGACGUUCAGUUAAACAUCGACUAAUAAGUUUUAAUUAGUUUAUGACAUCUUUACCAUCUCAGACAUUCAUUCAUCGAUAAAUUGUGCAAUUUACCAUCAUCGAAUAAAAAAUAUUCCACAUUUAAUCCACCACAUGAAUCAUGAUUUAUUAAAAGUUGCAGGUAGUUUCGAAUUUCUAAAAAUCUAUGAAAAAGAUAUAUUUGAAGUUUCUGAAAUCCACAUUCAUGAAGAACCUGUUUUCUAUUCAUGAGCGUCAUUCGACUUAAGAGCAUACAUGAAGGAUAAUUUAAUAUAUCGUCGUUAGUCAUUUUGUUUGCUUUGAGAUAUUGAACAGUGUUGUUUAUCUCAUAAAAAUCCACAUUUUCCCUCCACAAUUCUGGAUGUUUUUGUACCAGUUCAACUGCUUUUCUCGUAUUUAAAUCUAAAAGAUUUAAAUAGAAGUCAACUAUAUUCCUGCCACCUUCUUUUAUAUAAGAUUUCUGGUUCAAGUCGACACUUAGGUUUCUUU